AUGAGUAAUACAAAUACUCAAGAACAAAGAAAAUUUAAAAAGCAAAGAUAUGACAACAAUAACAGCAAUAAAGACAGUUUCUCACAGCUAGAUGCAGAUGCAGAUCACUCAAAUGAUGAGUUGUAUGGUUUUAAAGAUUUAUUGAAUUUACUUGGCAAUGAAAAGGGACUGAUAGAAGCUGAUAGUAAUAAUAAUAGUGAUAAUAGUAGUAGUAGUAAUAAUAAUAAGCACAGUGAAAGUGAAGAUGAUUUAGAUUAUAUAGAAAUUCUUUCAAAUUUAAAAUCAAAAAACGAUAUUAAUAAUAGUAAUAAUAGUAACAGUAAUAGAAAUAGAAACAGACAUAUAAGUCGAAUACAGUUGGAUCCUUAUGAUAAUGAAUAUGAUGAUAAUGAAGAUCAAAAUGAUAAUAACAAUAACGGUGAUGAUAAUGAUGAUGUAUAUUAUGAUGAUGAUGGUGAUAGCUAUGAUUACGAUGACCAAGCAAGAAAAGAACAACAGGAGAGAAGACUAUCAAACUUUUUGCUAAGAGCACAAUACGAACUUCAAUAUAAUCAAAAGCAAUCUAUCUAUUCAAGCACAGUCGAUAAGUUACAAGAAGAGAUAACAUUUCUACGAGAUAAAAUAGAAUCAAGAGAAAAUGAAAUAAUAGAUUUAAACUACAAGUUGGAAGCAAGAAAUCGUCUUUUACAUUCAUUACCAAAGGAAUUGGUUUUCAAUUGGAUGAUGACCAACCAAAUUCUUCAGCUUAAUACAGAAAAAUUCGAUUUUAACAAUAAUAAUAAUAAUAAUAACUCUAAAACUGUACAAAAUAACAAUAAUAAUAAUAAUGAUAAUAUUAAAACAAUAAUAUUAUUUGUUUGA